AUGAAAUUAUUCCUGGAAGCCACUGAAGACGAGGACUUGUCUUCUACAGCUGAUUUCUCUCGUGGCACAACGCUAGCAGACGAUAGUAUGUCGAGUGAGCAAACAAUUCGAGAAAAAAGUUUGCAGAGUCCAUCAACGGACCAAGGCAACGUCGAAUCAACGGUCCGUAUGCAUGAAGAGAGUGGAGACAAUUUUGUCAAUUUGUUGCCGACUCUAAAGCGGUGUGUGGACGACCUCUGCAGGACAAUUGAGUGGAUUACGAUGGUGCCGCAUCGUUGCAACUUGGGACACGACGCAAGGGUCCAAGUUAUCUCCUUUCUUCUCGAUAAUGGAGCACUUCUCAAUAUUUUGGCUGGAGUCAACCCGACUGUUAAGGGCAUUUCCAUUAAUCUAAGAGGUUGCAUUGGCCACAUUGGUUACCUGAACAGAACCUUAUGUGCUUAUGAUAAAUUCGUGGCGAAACUAAAAUAUGGUCAAAUGACAAUACUGUCUGCUUCGUCUACCUUCCACGCCAAGAAGGCUUUCCUGAAGUUUUACCCCAAAUAUGUUCGCCAGAUUCAAGCUAUUGCUCCAUAUCAUGAGUCGGGACGGUUUGCUAUAGAUGCUUGUCGUCGACUGAAGAAAGAAUGGAUUGAAAAUGCACUCAACGAGAGCAUAAGGCCUGAGGUGUCGGAGUCUUUGAGUUCUCAAAAUAAGAACCGCGAGGAGGAGAAGGAGGGGGAGGCCUAUUCGGAGCAGACAAAAAGAGGAGCAGUAAGCACUAGACUUGUGAUGCGAUAA